AGUUGCCUUCUUGACACGCCUUUUGUUGUCUCGCCUAGCUUAGAGUCCUUUUGAUGCUACUAUAGCGAGCAUCCCCAGCGUCAAACUGCGAGACAGCUGUCAAGUCUACGACGCAGCUCCCGUCAGCCUCGGCUCGAGAAGUGACGCUCUGCACUUUGCAAGGAUGAGUGGCGAUGGUGAUGGUUUCAACCCUGCUGCAGUGGCUCAGCCAGUCGAGGAUGUGCAAGGAGAUGGGCGGUGGAUGUCACAGCACACUCGAUUUGUGCAGGAGUGCAAGGAUGGAGAACCAGAUGUGCUUUUUGUUGGGGAUUCUAUGGUACAACUAAUGCAGCAGUAUGAGGUCUGGAGGGAGUUGUUCUCACCACUCCAUGCUCUCAACUUUGGCAUCGGAGGCGACAACACCUGCAACGUGUUGUGGCGGCUGCAGAACGGAGAGCUCGAGAACAUCCGUCCCAAGAUUGUGGUGGUGUGGGUAGGAACCAACAAUCACGAACAUACGGCAGAACAAGUUGCUGGAGGAAUUCUUUCGAUUGCAAAGCUGCUCACCUCCCGUCUACCCAAAGCCAAAGUAGUUGUGCUGGGAUUAUUACCACGGGGGGAACGUCCAAACCCCCUGAGGGAGAAGAACGCCACCGUCAAUGACUUUCUACGCUCCUGGCUGCCUCGUCUCGGCCAGGCUCAGUUCCUGGACGUGAGCGGCGACUUCGUCCACUCUGACGGCACCAUCAGUGCGCAGGUCAUGUUCGACUUCCUCCACCUUACGUCGACGGGUUACCGCGCCGUGGCCAAGCCCCUCAGCGACCUGCUGCUUCAGAUACUCGAGGAAACGCCGGAGGAGCGAAGGGCGUCGCUGGUUUGAGCCACCGAGACGCGGCGGCGCCCAAAUCCUGCCCCUGGUGUCGGGAGGAGGAAUGGCACCCUGAGAUGGGCGUGUCUUGGUGUUGAUGUGUGGAGCAUUGGUGUUGGUGCUGUAGAGGGAGAGAGAGACAUCACUACACUCUUGAAAUGACUGACUGCCUGAGACCUUGUGUGAGCGCACUGUCAGAUCAAAUUAAGUAUUUCUCUUGAUUUCUGAGCUCCAUCACUCACUCACUGAUAUGAACAGCCUCGUUUCUUCCUCUAUUAUCUUGUCAUGGUAAAAUGUUUGACAGCAACUCUGUUAACUUGUACAAUGUUUAAAGUCUGCUCAGAAGGAAAAAAAAAGUGCUUAAUGUCCUUCAAUCGUUACUUAUUAUUUCACAGUCAGUAUAAAAAAAAUAUAUUUGCCAAACAGCACAGAAAAAUAGCACGGUUUUGCUUUGUGGUUUAUCACCUAAAGACUCUAUUUGCUCUUUUUCAGUGACUUGAUGGGUAAGGGAUGAAUUCAGAUGAAAUGUUUUGUUUUGUAAAACACGCGGAACCAAUUUCAGCGACGUGCAACCAGGUUACCCGACAUCGUAGACGCAUUUUGUUUGCAACACAAUUGAACUUGUUUCAACAAAGUCACUGAUCAUGUACGUUGUUAUGUAUCCUGACGUGGACGGACAAUGACACUCUCUCCCCCUAGUUCCCUGUCUUGAUGGUUAUACAGUAUUUUCUGUCUUACGCACCUUUUCAUUAUGUUAACUUUUUUUUUUUUUGUAAUUUUAUCCCCCUCGUUGGCGUUUCGUUUUCUCACUGACCUCUAACACAACCUUGCUCCUUCUGUAAAUCACUACCCAAUAUUUUAGGAAUAAAAAGUUGCAGAAGCUACUGAAUAUCAUCAUCACGCUACCAUGCAAAAAAAAAAAAAAUGUCGGCAAACUUAUGCUAAAGCUUCUUUAUAGCUCAAUAAGUCACAUACUGAGCUUCGAAUUAUCUUAAGUUACUGCUGUCUUAAGCUCUGCACAAUGCGUGCUUUGUUCAAGUAUGUACAGGUAUGAUUAUGUGUGUGAGUGAGCGUGCGUCGAAUGUCUACGGGAACAGUUGUGUACAGUUUUGGAAGUUGGAGUGGUGCGAGUGUUUAGAACUGACCCCGGCUGUAUAUAAGAGAUGUGGAAAGGAUGCCUGAAGGGGAGUUAGAUUGCAGGAGUUUGUCGGUGUGAUCCAUCAUGUGCACUUGUUUGGCUUGUCGUCUCGUUCUUGAGUUAAAAGUAAAAGCAUUCCAAUAAAGAAAAAUCAUGGAUGGAAUUCAUUUGCGUCCGAGGGGCCAUGCUUAGUUUUCUUCAGUUUUUGCUUCUUGAUGACAGAUGGAAUUAAGGCCAUUCAGCUUUCGAGUGAAAUUUCAGGAUA